AUGGACGGACCGAACACCCUGGAGAGGUCCGAUUUUUCUGUGCCGCCCAGGACGCUUUGUCGAGGCGGGGCAGCGUCAGGAAGUGGUGGCUUCCAAGAAGGCGCGGCGAGCACAUCAGCUCUACACACUUUUUCUCGGGGUUCUGGGUCAGGACCCACGCGAGAACUUAUGCCCCCCGUCGGCUCUCGUGAGAAGGACGAAACAGACGGUGUACGUGGAACCCUUCCGGAUCGUGAGGUUAUAGCAAACGAAGCGGGUGCAAGAGCGGCAGGAGGCUCGCCGAAACACGCACGUAUGCAGAGGAAUCACUCAGAAGGGAGAGUCCAUGAACUUCCAAACGCCCACGAAGCAUUGGGCAUGACGUCGGCUUCGUCUUCGGGAGACGAAGGCCGAGGGCAGAUGAGAAGUACAAGGAGACGCGGAUCGCCCGGAGAGAGGGCCCUGCAUCAGGAAAGUAUCGGCGACACAAACGUAGUGUCGGAGAAAGAGAGGGGACGUGAAGACAGCCGAGACAAUCCUGUAGAGCUACCAGUUGUUGAUCAACUUCUAUCGCCCCUGGCUGGUGAAAGUGGACACUGUCAGACGUCGGACAGCGCUCGGUACAUAGCGGUGGAGUUACCCUCUCGCCACAAAGAAAUUCGGAGAAGCCCUACGUACUCUUUUCGUCAUUUGUUCUUUUUCUCUGGUGGAAAUGCACUCCCGCUGUCCUCGUCCUCUUCAUCGGCUUCAUCGUCUUCGUCAUCCUCCCCACAGCUGCAGGGCGACUUCUUCAACACCUGUCCGGCCGAGUGCGUGCAAGCAGUUUUCCACCUUCUGCCUGUUGAGGAUAUUCUUCGAAUGCAAGUCGUUAGCUCGGCUUUCUUCACAACAAUUCGAGAUGAAAUUGGAGCGUUCACGCAUGUCCGGUCUCUCGUACUGGACGCAAAGUGGGCAAAGCUGGAGAUCCACGAGAGACAGCAAAUGCUGCUACAGAUGGUUCAGUUGCAGCACCUGGAGGUACAACCAGAAGCCUUCACUGGUGGCUCCAUCUUUAUUCAGGAGGUAGCUGCUCUGGUGUACAGAAACGCUCGAACUCUUCGAUCGCUUCGCCUUCUCUCACCGGAGAAUCCACUUUGUGACGAGACGCCGUUGCACAAUCCGUUUGCGUUUAAACCGCGGAGCUUCUCGCGGCUGCGUGUUAUUACGCUGAUCGGGUCCCAAGCUUUUGAGUGGGGCUACAUUUUGAGCAACUGCAACUUCCCAGUUGUUGAGAGGUUCGAAGUCUCGUACUUCCCUCCUGCAAGUAUCCACUGGUCGUGGAAGGUUGGCCCAGAUUUUACGCUGUUAGGAAUCGACGGAUUGCGGCGUAUGCUUGACAAGAUGGAGCUUCUAGAACGCCUGACACUUGGGUUUGAGAUACGCUUUGAGGACGAGAAUAGGCGGCAGCCAUGGGAAGACGCGUUAGACGACCCUGUCGACCCUCAACUGAACGUGAAUGUAGCUCAGUACGAUGGAGUGAUCGAGCAGGAACGGCGUCGCUUAGGUUUAGCAGAGAAUGGGCCUUUUUCUGCAACUCUGACUGCGUCAAAUCGCGCGGCAGUGGGGAGUGGAUACUGGAAUUCAGAGGGGUCAGGAGGUCCGGCAGCCCCUGAUGCCACGGGAGUCAGGAGGGCAUGGCCUGCCCAAACGGCGCCGGCAGGAGCCGUUGGAGCAUCUGCAGCGCGAAUGUGGCAAGUUGGUGUGGAAGACGGAGGAGACGACUUGGUCGGGGUGGAGCCCGUUGGUGGCCGGGGUCAGUUGUCGAGUUGGCGCGGCAAAGUGAGUGAAGAAGAUUUCGCAGAUCUCUGUGCCGUGGCUUACGUCCGGGCAGGAGGAGCCGGCAAUCUCAAAAGAAUCGUUGUUAAACACCGAAGCAAGACAGGUGAAGAAACGUCCAGCCAGGCAACAGUGAGUUCAGUUGCUGAGUUCUUUCAGGAUGCUGCGUCGUUUUGUUACCGGUAUGUCUCCGAUGUUUUCACUGGGCUUCAACCGCUGGCCAAUUGA